AUGGAGGAAAGCCUGCCUGCCUCUCCAAGGUUAGCCCGAAGCCCCAGCGGCUCUGCCAGGGUCCACAGCAUCGAAGCCAUUUUGGGAUUUAAAGAUGGAAGUAUAUUUCACCCUUCCUACGUUUACAAUGGAGUCCCGCGCACCACUCCAGACGUGCACAGAGGACAAGCUGUUGUCUCUCCACUUCGGAAGGAGCACAACGCGGAUACUUAUCAAAGUGUCUGUUCUUCCAGACCGAGCUCCACAGUUAGUUCCGUGACUGAUGGUGAUGGCAAACUGUCAGAUGACGAAAAUCCCAAGAAAAAGCACAGGAGAAAUAGGACGACUUUCACGACCUUUCAGCUGCACGAGCUUGAGCGAGCCUUUGAGAAGUCACACUAUCCUGACGUGUACAGCAGGGAGGAACUGGCGCUCAAAGUGAACCUGCCGGAGGUCCGCGUGCAGGUGUGGUUCCAGAAUCGCCGUGCCAAAUGGCGUCGCCAGGAGAAGCUGGAAGUGAGUUCCAUCAAGCUCCAUGAAUCUACACCCUCCAUGCUGUCCUUCAGCCGCUCCUCUCCCCAAACCCUUGGCGCCGGCCUGAGCCUGGAGCCGUGGAUCAACGCAUCUCUUCCAACCUCCGCAUCGCUUCAAUCUUUACCUGGAUUCAUGGGGCAUCACCAGCAAGGCACCUACACGCCCCCGCCCUUCAUCAGUCAACAGUCCCUGAGCCACGGGUUGUCCCACAUGGGUGGCAUGUGCCCGCCGUCCUCUUACCAGUGCGCAGGCUUCAUGGACAAGAUAUCGCUAGAGGAGACAGACCCACGGAACACCAGCAUCGCUUCACUCAGAAUGAAAGCCAAAGAGCACAUUCAAUCCAUUGGUAAAACAUGGUGAGGAUGGAUGAAUGAACUCACUCAUGAACAUGAACUUGAAAUAAAUAAAUAAAACUCUGUCGAGUCAAUGCUCUUCAGAUAUAUUUUUAUAGUCCUAAAAUUGACAAUCAACUGUUCACUGUACAAAACUUUUUACUUCACCACUAAAACUGUGGUAAUGUAGUUGCUAUAGUAUUGGCAUUAGAACUGACACAAUUUAUUUUUUGAAUACCAUGUAAAUGGGCUUUCCUAGUUUACCGAAAUCAAAGGGUGAAGUUGUAUUCUUUAAACAAACGUUCCUACCUUCAUGAUUUCAAUUGCAAGAUAACUUGCAGAGAGACAAUCUAUUUAUUGCACUAAUAUGAUAGCCUAACAACUGUGAACAAUGUUUUAUUAUUUCCGUCGUAUGGCCGUACACUUUCUUUGUCCUUUAGGCCUAAAUAAAUGCCCUUACCUUUGUCUAUGAAUCACAAAAUGCAUACGCUCGUCUCGAGUUCCCUGUCUUUUAUAUAUUUAUGUUCCAGACGGCUGUUCCUCGACUUAAAGCUAAACCCAAACGAUGACGCAGCACUGUUCGAUAUUUGUUGUAGACUAAUGGUGUGCUGUUUUGCGCAUGGAUUUCAGUGCACUUUGGUGAAGUUUAAACUGCAAAUGGGCAGUGUAGUUUGAAGUGUGUUGCAGUGUCCGCAACUCUUUACCAAAUUAUUUUGUUAUUGAUGGUUGUAAAGUUAUUCUUUCAAUUAACGUUGGCAAGAUCUUG